CCUACCACCCCUCCUCCCCUCCACUCGCGUCCACACGGCCAGCGACUACGCCACCUCCACCGCGCCUCGACGCUCUAGCGCCUAAUCCGUGACCGGCGCGCGGAAUGGCCCUGUUCAAUACCGGCCCAAGCGCCAGCGCUGGGCCAUCACGAGCACGCCUUGGUUAUUGGGAGCCCCUCCCUCACAUAUACUCGGGCCUGGUCACCCACCCCUACAGACCUUCACAGUCGCCCCCGACCUCGCCAUCCGGGACUGUCCGAUCACAUCGCCAAACCACUUCCUGGUCUGGCGCGUCCGCAUCCGCACGCGACGACGUCUUCACCGCAUCUCGCGGCAACCCACAUGAGGUGUCCCUUGAUGUCGGCGACGAAUUCUUCGCCUUUGAAGAGUACCGCGGCGACGAGAACGAGGGAACAUGGUACCGAGGAUAUGUCGUGCAAGGCGUCAGUCUGCCCAUGCUUAUGCCGUCGAUUCAGACGCCCACCGCAUAUCCAAAGGUCGAGCCAUCCGUCCUCAUCGGCAUCUUCCCCGCGUCAUGUGUCCAUGUCCGCCCCAACGCCGCUACUGAGAGUGACGUCCUGGCCGGCGCAUACGAGCGCGCGCGCGAACUCGCCGAGGACCGCGCACGCGAGAUGCAGCUUCAGAUGGACGCUGUGCGCGAGGAAGACGAGGACGAACUCAAUGGUGACGCCAACGGUUCCGGGCCACCUUCGCCCAUGAAACCUAGCAGCCCUUCCUUGAACCUCUUGCGGCGCAAUCGCCGCCCAGCGUCUCUCGUGCUCACGGCACCUAGAGAGAAGGAGCAACCGCCAUUACCAACAUUGACAGCUGGCGACUCGACUGUCGCCGGCCAGCAGUGGCCGCUCGUCGAUGAGAUUGCCUGCGCAAUCCGGGAGUGGUAUGCUCGCCUUCCGACAUACCUCGCAAACCGCGAGUACCGUCUGUUCAAUGCCGUGGUACAGCACAUUGACGCGCUGUUCCUGGGCCGACGGCAGCUACUCUCUCAAAUGCUGAGCGGGGACGAGUUAGUGCGCAUCAGGCGAGAAUGUGUCUCGCGCCUCGUGAAGUGCAAUGUUGCCCAGGGUCUCGAGGUCAUCGUUCGCAGUCUAGAGGACGGCAACGUUGUCGGUAUCGACAAGGACCGCUCCCUUACGAGCUCGGGCUGGAUGGGCGGCGUCAUGGCGUACAUUUACCAAGUACAGCUUGCGUACAUCGAUCUUGUCCCGCUGGAUGCAUUAUUCGGCAAGUCGACGGUACCUCGGCCGAGAGCCAUCAAGACGCCCAUCGCCUUCGCCCUUGAGGCACAGAAGGAGCAGGAGACUUCAUCGUCGCCGAGCGGGUACCACUGCCUGCUCGACUUCCGCGCGUUUAUCGCUAGCCCGUGUGCACCCGGCGAAACAGCUGAACUGUUCUUCUCGUUGUAUAGCAAGACGCAAGGACGAUUCUUGACCGAGGAGUUCUGCCUCAUCCUCAAUCACAACGGCACGCCUGCUCGCGACGCCGACAGGCGACUGGGCAAGCUGCGUACGCUCUUCGCCGAUUUGCGCGCCGACGACGUUACUGCAGGAACGUACCUCGUAUGCCGAAUCGUACGCAACGGUAGCAUGAAGAUGAGCAAUGAAGCGACGUCGGUGACACCCGAGGUCACCGAGCGGAGGUGGCACCAGAACAAGCGCAACAGUGUCGCGUUCAUCAACGAUGCCAGCAAGUGGCGCAGCUCUAUCUCUAUCUCGGAUCAUGCCACAGAUGACUCUGCGUCAAUGGUGUCGGGUUACGAGCCAAAGAGAACGCGCACAAUCGACACUACGCACUCGUACGGGACAGGACUCGCCGGGCGUGCAUCCCUUCGCCGUCCUCUGGGUUGUGCUGUGCUUGAGUUGCCGGCAAUGAGUCGGCUGACGGUCGAUGGCAAUGGCGACGACUAUGCCAUGCCCAUCUAUGUCGCGCGCGAUGAGGCGAACUUUGCCACCCUCCACUCGGACAUUAUCCUCAACAACGAGCGGUCGUAUGAGAGGUCGCCGCGCGCGGAGGGUAUGGCGUUCGGCCUCAAGCUUUUCCACGGCCCGAUUGACCAGGUGGUCCGAGAGCACCCUUCCCUCCUCCUGGAAACGCCCCAGACCCAGCGUCUCGGGUUCCCUGACGUUGUUGCGCCGGGAACGGUCCGCAACGAUUUGUACAUCAAGCUGUGGACUGCAUCGUUCUCAACCAUGUUUCCCGCGGGCGGCACUCUGCGCGUGCGUAAGACAGUCGCUCCCAUUCCUGCCAGCACCCAGGUGUCGCUCGAGGUGCGACGUGCAGACGGCUCCAUCGUCACCGACUCGUUGUUCAUGGGCGGGUCCGGUGAGCCUCCAACAGCACAGUACAACUCUAUCGUCUACUACCACAACGACCAACCAACCUUUGGCGAGCUUGUCAAGAUUGCGCUUCCCCAAGGGUCAGGAGACUGCCACCUCUUCCUUUCCUUCCGCAGGCGGACGCGCGAACGCGAAAGCAAUCCUGAAGCCGGUGAGCGUCCGUUUGCCUUCGCCUACCUCCCGUUGUUCUCGCACAACGCGUCAAUCAAGGAUGGCAAGCACGAGCUCGUUCUCUAUCACAUGGAGAAGGCGUCGAUGCAGCCCACACCUAACCUCUACUUUGAGGCCCCGUCGACGGGUGAGCCGCGCCUCACUCCUGAAACCUCAAAGUACGUCUCGGCGCUGCGCGACCGCAUCUCGCUGUGGACCUUCCUCUGCUCGACGAUCCACACCCAAGACGACACGUUACGCUCGUUGUUCGCCUGGCAGAGCGCCGACGCUGCAUCGCUCAUCCACACGCUGCAGAUGUUUCAGUUCGUUGGAGAGGACGAGAUCGCCAAAUUCUUGCAACCAGUCCUGGAUGCGUUAUUCGCAAUCCUCGUUGGCCACCUGGGCGAGCGGCGAGAGGAGGUUGAUGACCUGGUCUUCAAGGGGCUCAUCAAGGUGCUCGCCAUGCAGUCUGAUAGACGCUUCCCUUCGUUUGGCCCCAUUAUUGCGGCGUACACGUCGAAGCACUUUGCGUUCCAAUCGUCCGCCCCCCACCUCCUGCGAGCGAUGAAGGCCGUCAUGGGCCGGCCGUCUUCGCAGGAGUAUCGCUCCCUGCUGAAGGUGUGGCACAGUGUCUUCCGUUUCGUCAUUCGCUCGCGCGAGCUGGAUCGGUCGCGAGGCUCCUCGCUCGGCCCCACGGCCGCACAGAUGGAGGCAGACUUCAAGCGCCAGACACGCGAUAUCUUGGGCGACAUCAACGAUAUCAUGCUUUCCGACGAUAAGGCGCUAAUUGGGUCCCAAACGCUAGCGGUCCAGCACUAUGCGGACAUCCUACCCGACCUCGCACAAGUCUUCACGCCGGACGAGAUUGCCGAGAUGGUCAUCGUCUUCACGGAUACACUCACGCGUGCUCAGGGUAGUCUCGCCAUCUACAAGCUGCUUCUCAUCUUGCAGAUUGUUAAGACUCUCCUCGACUUUGACGAGACACGCGCUCAACUUAUCCCGGCAAUCAUCCGUUGGAUCAAGCCACACGUCGGCCUCUUCGAGGAAGAACUAUACUCGGCCCGCGGCGAGACUCAGGCCGCUAAGGACAGUCGCCACUUGCGCUGGAUGGAGUGUAACCGUUUGGCCGUCUCGGUGAUGGCAUGGACGGUCAACACGCUCCAGGAACUGCUCGACUCGCCAAUCAUCAAGUCAGACCCGCUGCUCAAGGCACAGGAGGAGGACAACAUCGAGUAUUGCUUGACGAUCUUGCCCGGCUUGUUUGACUCGUACAGAGAGCUCGCAAGUGACAAGACGAUGGAGCUGCUGGAGCGCCACCGCACCUCGCCAACGGUAUGGAAGUCGACACCGAACGUCUUCCCUGCCUCGCACCCCUUUGCGCUAGUCUCUGACUUGCCCCCGUCCGCGAUGCUUGGCCAGGGUGACAGUAUUCCUCCAGCAGGCACUUUCGCGUGUGGUCUCGCCGAGGUUGCGGUCGUCAUCUUCACCAUGGUCAUUACCGCUCCGCGCGCCAACAUCGUGAGCUGGCUGGUCGAGAUGCUCGACAUGAACAGCUCAGAGGUGGUGAAGGAGACACUCUUGAAUUCUUUUGACGUCCUCUCCUCUGUUAUCAAGUUUGAUGCGUUCCCGCGCCAGUGGCUCACUCUUUCUGGACUCGCAUUCACCGCGACCGUGCGCUACCUGGAAGCUGUGAUCCAGUUCCUCGCGCGAAACGACUUCAUCCCACCCAUCGAGGAGAUGGAUCGGUUCGAUGUGGGCCUUUGGACUCAAUUCAUCGAGCUCGUGUGUGACUUCUGCGCCAGCGAUGAACUUGCUCUCGAGGAGCAGGGCCUGCAGCACCGCCGCGCGGCAUGGAUAAUCGCAGGGGACUUGCGCGACGACGGCGCUGCGCUCCUGCACAAAGUAUGGAAUGCUAUCGGUUGGCAGCCCAUCAACGGCCGCGGCACGCACAGCAAUUACGGUGGCUAUCAAACGCGUUUCACCGGUCUCGCGGAGCGCAUUCUCACCUUGUGUCUCACGUCGCACGAGAAGCUGUGUGAGGCGGCCGUGGAUAUCCUAUUCUCAAUGAUCUAUGCGGAGUACGUCCUCGCCGGCAAGUUCAACACGAUUCAGACGGAGAUCUUCCAGAAGCUGGAAACCCUGUUCACCCAGAAGACGAUCACGGCAAGCGAGUCCGCCACGCGUGCAUACUUCGUGUCGCGCCUUCGCUCGGUGUUUGAGGAAACACCCGAAAUCGACUCCAACUUCCGAUCGCACGUUGGCUCUUUCCUUGACCAGGUUGAGCUAUUCAUCGACCUACUCAUGGCUGUGCGUGACCUUCCGGAGACGCCACAGUGGAAGGAAGAGCGCGUGGCCGCCACCUACCGUCUCAUGGAGUUCUUCUCGAAGGUUGGACGCGAUGACCUCUACAUCCGCUUCGUGCACCAUCUCGUGGCGAUUAACAUCCAGGCGGAGGACUGGUUUGGCGCGGCUCUUGCUCUCAAGUUGCACGCUAACCUGUACGAAUGGCGCGUCGGUGGUCCAUUAUUCGACCAAUUCCACCAGGGUGAUAUCCGACUGCCGGCGCAGACGCAGUUUGAGCGCAAGGAGGCAUUACUUUACCAUGUUCUCGACUACCUCGCUGAGGCUGAGGCGUACGAGCAGGCAGUGGAAAUCUGUCAGGAGAUCACGCAGCAGCACCGCCUCAAGACGUUUGACGUGCAGCACAUCUCCGAGCUGCUUCAACAUGAGGCCAAGUUGUGGGAGCAAACGGGCACGUCAACGCGUCCGAAGCCAGAGUACUUUAGGGUGGCGUACUUCGGGAACUUCACCUCGCUCGACUUGGACAAGGAGUUCAUCGUGCGUGGCGCCCCCUGGCAGCGUUACGUUGACUUCUGCGAGGCCCUGCAAGCCAAACAUCCGGACGCACAAAUCCACCGCUCCAAGAUACCGCCUUCCGAGAUGGUGCGCUAUGGCACUGAGCCCGUCAUUUGGGUCACGAGCGUCACGCCGCUGCCCGAUCUCAGCAAGCCCGUCUUCCGGAAGGGCGUCAACCCCUCCGUGCAGGCGUACUACAAGUCAAACGCAGUGAACAAAUUUGAAACUUUGCGCCCUUACGUUGUCGACCCCGAGGAGCGCGAAGCAGUCCUUCAGUGGAUCGAGAAGACUACCAUCACGACCGCCAACGAUCUCCCAGCUCUGGAGAGCCGCGCCGAGGUCGUCCACAUUCACCAUGACCACAUCUCCCCAGUCGACUCAGCAAUCGUGAUCGUCCACAAGGCGGACCGUGACUUACGUCGCCUCGUCGACCAGCAGCCAAUUGAUGCCAAGCUCCUCGGCAAUGCGCUUAACGGAGCUGUUGAUUCGCGGGUCAACGGUGGAAUCACACUGUACAAGAAGCACUUCCUUGACCCUGCAUACGCUGAGAAAUACCCCUCCGAAGCCAACAACACGCAACGCCUGCGCCAAGCGAUACUUGAUUAUGCGCGCACAAUCCAGCGCGGCCUCAUUACCCUGCACUCUGUCAGCAAAGAUAUCGCUUUCUAUGAGGCUCUCAGACAACUGUACAACAAGGUCUACGCCGACGAGAUCCUCCUACUCCCACCUCUGCCAGAGGCGGACGACUUGGAUGUGCUUUCGCCACGCCCUUCCACGCGCUCCAAGGAGCCUUCGCCCAUCAUUGCGCAAGAAGAGCGUGUCGCGUCUCCCACAUCCGACGCGCCCUCCCGCCGCUCCUCCGACGCAUACGCUCUCCCGUCGCUCAGGGUCGGGCCUUCCCGUGGCCACGGCGUUCACGAGCGGCCUGGCGAGCACCGCCCGAGCCUGAGCAGUGUGAGCAUCGGUGGCAGCACGAGCAUCAGUAGCCACGCGCGCGGCUCGAGCACAGCGAGCGCCGAAGUACCCAAGGGAGGAAUACUGCUCAAUCCGACCAACAUCGGCCGCACUGUGGCGUCACGGCCGAACGGACACGCUCGGUCGAGUGAAGACGACACGCCGCUUACGGCCAAACAGUCCACGUUUCAGCGCUCCUUCAGCGUUGCCAGCACAAAUACCGAGAGGCGACCGAGUGAGAGCAAGGAGCGAAGCGACCAUGGCCCGCUCUGGACCACAACUGGUCCCCCGCCAGCACCAUCGUCGGGCGCCGCGGGAACGAGCACGCGCUCCAACACGGCCAACAGCACAGCGUCGGCGAUCACGGAGAGCUCGCGCGAGACACGACCACAAGGUCUGCGGAGAUUCGGGUCGCUUCUCCGCGGACGAUAAUACCCCUGUAACGUUACGAUACCUGCAUAUACAACAUAUAGUGACAUGAUUGGGCUCUGAAUGCAAUUUACUUCACGCUCUG